GGCCCGCCGGCAGCGGCGACCGUAGGUUGUCGGAGCGAGCUCCUGUCACGCGCUUGCUGGGUUCCGUUUGCAUUUCAAAAAGCAAAACUCAUUCGGCGCCCGGUCGCCGACCGGAGAGGUGGGUCAUUAUUUCAAAGGACACCGACGUUGCAAUGAGUCAAACUCGGAUGACCUGAAAUUCUGGUAUGUCGAAGUCGUCAACCAAUCCCACCAGCGGAAUGGCAAAUCUCAUAAAGUGAUGCCCGUGAUAAACCGAAAUUCCGCACUGGUAACUUUUGGAUUUGUUGAACUUGUCUAAGCUUUGUCAAAUGACCGUGCCGCCCCAAUCAGAGCGGAGUAAGACAAAGUGCGAGAAAAACGCUGGGCAAGCCAUCAUUUGAUCUUGCGAUUCCCCUGUGAAAGGCCGUGCAAAACCUGCAGGUAUGGAUCAACCCGUCAGAAAGUUAAGUGUUGUUGAUCGGAGAGAAGGUGAAGUCGAUACAGCAAGUGGAAAACCGUGGCGCGAAGUGGAAAUUGGACAUCGCAAAGGAGUGGGAGAUUCCACCAUCGUUUGUCCACUAUCACGAAACACAAGGUGAACGUCUUGGAACAGUUCAACCAGCAGACAUCCUCUCCAGCAAGGAAGAGGAUGAGAACGGCUGCCUAUCCCGACAUUGAAGGAAUUCUGCUAACGUGGUUCAAGGCAGCCCAAGCAGAGAAUGUUCCCGUCUCCGGUCCAAUCCUGCAGGAAAAGGGAGUAGCUCUGGCAAAGAAGCUGGGCUAUAUGGAGUUUAUCUGCAACGACGGAUGGCUGGACCAUUUUGAGACCGGGCACGGCAUAGUCUCCUAUGCAGUAAGAGGUGAGGGUGCGGAGGUUACAAUAGCAAUGACAGAUGAUUGGCUCCAAGGAGGUCGUGUCCACGUUCUGAAUGAGCAUGCAUCAAGAGACGUUUUUAAUCAGGAUGAAACCAGACAGUUUUAUACUCUUUUGCCAGACUGCUCUUUGAUAUUUAAAGGUGAAACAUAUAAUGGUGAAAAGCAGAGCAGGGAAUGCGUCACUGCUAUGGUCUGUGCCAACAUCGAUGGCAUUGAAAAGCUGCCACCACUUGUGAUUGGAAAGUCCAAGAAGCCACAUUGCUUUUGGAAUGUCAAGACACAACCCACACGGUAUGAAACUAAUAAAACCGCCUGGCUGAUCUCCAGAAUUUUUGAGGCAUGGAUCAGGAAAGUGGAUAAAACUUAUCAGUGAAAGAAAAGGAAGAUUGUCAUCAUUACAAUUGCCUCGCACACCCUGACAGUGUUAGCCUCAGGAGUGUCAAGCCAAUAUUCUUGCCUCCCUAAGCCACAGCCAAGCUCCAACCAAUGUAUCAGAGGGUGAUUAGGAACCUGAAAACCUACUACUGACGGCAGCUGAUCUUACAGGUUAUCGAAGCAGGAGUUCAAUCCAACUGUACUAGAGGCCACCUUCAUGAUGAAGAAGGCAUCACACAGAAGAUGGUUACAGAAGCCACAUUGCGAACUGCUUCCGCCACACUGGGUUCAAACAGGUUACAACGGCACAAAGUGAGAAAAACGAGGAGGGGCAGGGUGAGGCCAAACAACCGAUGACGAGGCACUUUUUGCUCGCCCUGCAUGGAAAUUCCAGCAGAGACAACCAUGGAAACUUGCGUGGACUCAGAUGGUGCCAAACGCUGCAGGACGGAAUUGACAGAUGAUGCCAUCAGACAUUUAGUGCAUUCUUCAACCAAGGAGUCCGAAAAUGUGAACAAAUUGAAUAAAAACUUUUUGAUCCA